UGCUCGCUAAACGCAAACUUGACUCAUCUGUGGCUCAACAGCCAGCGAAGCUACCAUCAACCGGGGUCUGCAGCGCGACAAAAUGACAGCUGUGGAUUAAUUUCUGUCUGCUUCCUGUCUCAAACACACGGGGACAGUGUGUCGGACAUAUUCCUGCUCAGUCAUCCCCACCUCCGCAGGGAUAAACCGCCAGUUUACCGGGCCUCGUCGUCGUGGCCCAGCAGGACUCGAGUGAAGUUGGGAGCCAAACUUCUGCUUCCUCCAGCUGCUGUCCGCAGGGCCCGGGGCUCCUGUCACCGGCCCUGUGGAUGAGGAAGUGAGUCGGGAUUAAAUCAGCCCGCAGGAGAAGGGAGUCCCUUUGAUGGGAGAGUCCUCCGUCCGAACCUGCCGGGUCAGUCGCCGCACCAUGAUGGAUGAGCAGGAGGCCCUGAACUCCAUCAUGCAGGACUUGGCCGAGCUGCACCGCUCCAGCCGUCCUGCGGCCUUCCUGUCGGAGUUGGGGAAACCCAAAGCCUCGUCGCCCAAGAACCAGAACGACGUGAGGGUCAAGUUCGAGUUCAAAGGAGAGAAGAGGAUCCUGCAGUUCCCUCGGCCGCUGAAGCUGGAGGACCUGCAGGCUAAAGCCAGGGUGGCCUUUGGUCAGACCUUGGACCUCCACUACACCAACAACGAGCUGGUGAUCCCGCUGACGACGCAGGACGACCUGGACAAGGCGGUGGAGCUGCUGGACCGCAGCGUUCACAUGAAGAGCCUGAAGAUCCUGCUGGUGCUGCAGAGCGCUUCGUCCAACAUGGACCUCCUGCCGUCCCGCGAGGAGCUGGACAACACGGGCUUCCGGGCCGGCUCCCAUUCAACAGACCGCAGCUCUCCUCCUCCGGGGUACAUUCCCGACGCGCUCCAGCAGGUGGCGAGGAACGGCUCCUUCACCAGCAUCAACAGCGAGGGGGAGUUCAUCCCAGAGAGCAUGGACCAGAUGUUGGACCCGUUGUCGAUGAGCAGUCCGGAGAACUCUGCGUCUGGAAGCUGUCCGUCGUUGGACAGCCCACUGGACAGCGAUUAUUCCAAGUCCAGGAUGCCUCGAGCGCAGAGUUACCCCGACAACCACCAGGACUUUCCAGAGUACGACCUCCCUGUAUUUGAGAAGACGGGGAAAGGCGGGACGUACCCGCGGCGGUACGGCGUUCCCUUCGGCCUGCAGGACUACAGCGAUGGCAGGAAGACGUUCCCUCGCGCUCGGCGGACGCAGGUCCACAGCUUCCGCUCUCCGGUCAGCUUCAGCCCCACCGAGCCGUCGCCCAGCACCAGCAGCGGCAGCAGCGUUUUCACCCCAGACCUAGAAGAGGCUCCGCCCACCGGCUCCGCCCCCGGACCGGCCCCCAACAGGAGGCGGCGCGGCAGCGACGUCGAGGCCGGCACCACGCUGUCCGUCAUGGACAUCAGUCCGCCGAGUCGCUCGCCGCGCGCGCCCACCAACUGGCGGCUGGGGAAGCUGCUGGGCCAGGGCGCCUUCGGCCGGGUCUACCUGUGCUACGAUGCGGAUACGGGUCGGGAACUGGCCGUCAAGCAGGUCCAGUUCGACCCGGAGAGCCCAGAGACCAGUAAGGAGGUGAGCGCCCUGGAGUGUGAGAUCCAGCUGCUGAAGAACCUCUGCCACGAGCGCAUCGUCCAGUACUACGGCUGCCUGCGGGACGGCCUGGAGCGCACGCUCUCCAUCUUUAUGGAGCACAUGCCGGGGGGCUCCAUCAAGGACCAACUGAAGGCGUACGGCGCGCUGACAGAGAACGUGACACGGCGCUACACGCGGCAGAUCCUGGAAGGCGUGUCCUACCUGCACAGCAACAUGAUCGUCCACAGGGACAUCAAAGGCGCCAACAUCCUGCGGGACUCGGUGGGCAACGUGAAGCUGGGCGACUUCGGCGCCAGCCGGCGGCUGCAGACCAUCUGCCUGUCGGGGACGGGCAUCAAGUCGGUGACAGGAACGCCGUACUGGAUGAGUCCGGAGGUCAUCAGUGGCGAGGGCUACGGCCGGAAGGCCGACAUCUGGAGCGUGGGAUGCACCGUGGUGGAGAUGCUGACCCAGCGGCCGCCCUGGGCCGAGUUCGAGGCCAUGGCGGCCAUCUUUAAGAUCGCCACGCAGCCCACCAACCCGGUGCUACCGCCACACGUGUCGGACCACUGCAGGGAGUUCCUGCGGCGGAUCUUUGUGGAAACCAAGCACCGUCCGUCUGCGGACGAGCUGCUGCGGCACUUCUUCCUGCAUUGAAGCCCCGCCCACCCGCAGAGCAGCCAAUAAGGCCUUAGCUGAGGGGCGGAGCUGCCUCUGGCCCCGCCUCCUCUCCGGAGCAGAAGGACCCGACGUUUGGCUUCAGCACCUUAACCUGUCAGAGGGGUUCUGGACCCGACCCGACCCAGAAUGUAAUCCACUCCAGAACCCAGAGCGAUGACUCACCGAAACACUCCCGGAAACUUCCUCUUCAGUCGGCGCCGUGUGCCUUCUGUGGUUGUAAUGGCGCCCAACGACCCGGUGUGACCCAAUGCGACCCGGUCCAGCACGGUACCACCUGGUCCAGAGGUUCUGGCCUCCUGGAUGAACUGCCUUCACUCCAUAACCCAACCCCAACUGACCCAGUGCCAUCAGUUUAUGCCUUUUCUGCAGCCGGAACCCAACAGGGUCUCAACCGGGCUCACUGCGUCCGACCAGAACCGGCUGGUUCUGAUCCGUUCUGCAGCCACUUACCGCCUCUUGAAGAGUCAGCUUCCUGUUCCCACCAAAUUAAAAGAAUCAGAGUUGGGAUGCUUUUAAAUUGACCACAUGCUCUGAAGGUUUCUGAGCAGCCAAUCAGACGCUGAGCUGGGGGCGGGGCUUCCUAAAGGUGCAGGUUGUGUUUACGCUGCAGAACCGCCGCAGCUCGCCUGGAGCCACCAGGUGGCAGCAGCAGCAGGAAGUGGAUCAGUCCAUGCGACUGCUCUGAUCCCUUUGGUUCUGGUUUUGGUUCUGGUCCCAACAGGAAGUCUUGCAGGUGGAUGCUCCACCACCAGGAGGCGCUGUGGGAUCCACUGAUGCUUUCUCCCAUUUCCUCAGCAGCCUUCGCUGAAGCAGCUUCACAAAUCUUUUCUUUGCACAUUUUAAACACUGUUUUUCUGUGUGUGUGUGUGUGUGUGUGUGCGCGCGCGCGCUGAAGGUCCAGUUCACCUCUGCUGAAUGUAAUGUGUCAUUUUCACCUCCAGGGGGCGUCGCUCAGCAGUGGUUCAACUCUUCAGUAUUUGUCAGCUGCAGAUACAGUUCUCUCUCUUUAGCCACUGCUGUCGCACCUGGUGUGUGUGUGUGUGUGUGUGUGUGUGUGUGUGUGUGUGUGUGUUCUGACCUGCAGAGGUACAAACAUUAAAAUAAUGAUAAAAUGUACAGAUGUGUAAAAUGAAAAUGUUCCUCUUGUUUCCCUGUUGGUUGUGUCUUGUAAAGGAAGCCAUGUUUCUAAUUCUGAUUGGUUUGUGACCAAUUCGCCUGUUUAUAUCAGAUCUGUAUAUCAGUGGUACACAUAAUUUUUAAUAUAUAUUUUUUAUUUAGUUUGUUUUUUAUGGGACAUUUCCUGCAUGGUUGGGUCAGAGACGCAGCAGAACCAUUGGAUGGUUUCUGCUUUCAGCUCUGUUCAGAAUUAUGAUGACCAUGAAAACAAUUAAAGAUAUUUAUUUCACAGA